AUGGUGAAGUACGUCUUGCCCUGUGGCAUUAUGAAACCUGGUAUGAAUGCCAUCUUGGGUCCAACUGGAAGUGGGAAAACCUCGCUCCUUGAUGUCAUCGCAGGAUGGAAAGACCCCAAAGGGCUGAAAGGAGGACAAAUCUUUAUGGAUGGGAAGUUGGUAGAUGCUAACUUUCACAAGUGUUCUGCUUAUGUAGUACAGGAGGACAUUCUGACUGGAACACUCAGUGUUCGUGAGAACCUUCAAUUCUCUGCCAACCUGCGGCUGCCACAGGAUAGGAACAAUGUGGAGAAGAACCUCAGGGUUGAUGCUGUGAUACAGGAGCUGGGCUUACAAGACUGCGCAGAUACCAAGAUUGGGACUGAGUUCCUGCGUGGUGUUUCAGGCGGUGAGAAGAAACGGUGCAGCAUUGGCAUGGAACUGAUCACUUCACCGUCUCUGAUUUUUCUGGAUGAACCAACCACAGGACUGGAUUCUAACACAGCUAAUGCCAUCAUGCGACUCUUGUACCAACUCUCCAAGAAAGGUAGAACAGUGAUCUUCUCAAUUCAUCAGCCACGCUACUCCAUCUUCAAGCUGAUUGACCACCUGACUUUGAUAAACAAAGGGGAAAUCAUAUUUGCAGGACCUGCCGAAGACGCCACAGAUUAUUUCAGCAGCAUUGGCUACGAGUGUGAGCACUUUAACAACCCCUUGGACUUCUUUCUGGAUGUGAUCAGUGGAGAGGUUGUGCAGUCCCAGCCUGGAGAAAAUUUAGGCAACAAGAAAGAUUGCCGUUUCUCCAGCAACUGUUCUUUGGAAAAGAACUCACUGUCCAACUAUUACCGCCAGUCCUCCUACUAUGAACAGCUGCAAGAGGAUCUCAACAGCCUACAGACAUUUCCUAACUAUUGCUCUGAUGCUACUUCACCAAAACCCACUUAUGUUACUUCGUUCGUCCACCAGCUGUACAUUGUGAGCUGUCGUAAUGUGAAGCAGCUUGUGAGGAACCCUCAGACCUCGAUCGGACAGCUGAUUAUGGGCAUCAUCCUCUCCUUGUUGGUCGGGCUCAUUUACUACCAAAUACCUGACACUCUACCAGAAGCCCUACAGAAUAGGUUAGGAGCUUUCUUCUUCAUGGUGCUUACUCAGAUCUUCGGGAACCUGUCUGCUGUGGAUCUCUUCAUCUAUGACAGGAAACUCUUCAUGCAUGAGAGUGCCAGGAGUUACUACAGGACCUCGGCAUAUUUCCUAGCUAAAGUGUUUGCUGAUCUUCUCCCGAAUCGGAUUGUGCCUACGCUGCUGUUUUCUUCCAUUUCAUAUUUCAUGAUGGGUCUCAAACACGAUGCUGAAUCUUUCUUCCUGUAUGUUUUGUCGCUAAGCUUGACCAACUUGGCAGCGGUGAGCUUGGCCUUCUUAGUUAGUGCCAGUGUCAACUCCUUUGCUGUUGCCAACCUCUUGAUUGCCCUCCCCUAUGUCUUCAUGAUGGUCUUUGGUGGGUUUCUUGUAAACCUCAAUUCUAUGCUGGACUGGUUGUCCUGGAUCAAAUGGAUCAGCAUCUACAGAUACGGCAUGAAUGCUCUAACCAUCAAUGAACUUAAAGGACUAGUAUUCUUCUUGAACACUACCAGGGUCCCUGGAGAGUAUUACAUGGAAGAGCAAAAAAUUGAUUACAGCACUUGGGGCUUCUGGGAGAAUGAGCUGGCCCUCCUUUCUUUGAUGCUCGUGUUUUUGUUUUUUGCUUACAUUCAACUCCUAAGAAUAAACCGUUGGAAAUAACAGACUGUCAUUUUAAAGAGCCACGAGGAUACAGUAUACAGUACUAUACAGUACUCCUGUGGAACAUUCCUGCCUUCCUUCUUCAUGAAAUUAAAAUACUUUGCCCUCCACCCACCCAAAAAAAAUUGUGCUGAAUAUCUGUCAAAAAUGGGACACCCUGCUCCCGUUGAAGUCAAGAAUAAAAGAACAGGAUUGCAUUAAA